CGGUGUCUUAGCUUGGUGGUCUUGUCUUCCGCUGAUCAUUGAUGCCAUUUCCCAUGACCGCUACAUACAUCACUCUCAUCAGGUCAGACUGACCAUUACUACCCAUCCAACCCAAGCUUCAAUUUAAAACUAAGUAAUCAAUAUGCCCCACAACCGCUGCGCUGGACGCGGCCACUUUGCCAUGGUGCCCAUUCCAAUCAUUGACUGGCUGAUUCCGAUAUCGAUGGAAUACCGAGCCUACAAUGUCCGGGAAAGAGACACUUUUUGUCCGACGUGCCGAUCGGUGACUUCUUGCAAGGAGAAGGAAAGCUGGCAUACCGUGUCGGUGGUGGGCAUUAAAGUCCACAAGGAAACGGACGAGCACGCCACGGAAAACAUGGUCCCCUAUACCAAGUGCAACGCUUGCAAAAGUGUAUUCCAGCGUUCCAAUUUUGAAUCCAUGAGUGCCCGAGGAGCAUUCGAGUAUAUUUUGUUGACGGCCAUGAUUGAAGUGCGCAUGCGAUACAAAGUGGCCCGGAAAUUGCUCUACCGAUGGUCGCAAAAGGAAGCGCAAUUGGUACAUGAGGAAUACGUCAAGUUUGCUCCAAACGAAAGCACACUAUCGGAAAAACACGUCUUGGACCGGGGCAAGUACAUGGAGCGAAUUUCACUCUAUCGAAGAAAGGCCACUAAAUUCUUUCCCAUCCUAGUGGAAAAACUCAGUGACGAACAAAAGCAAAAAGUCAUUCAAGCCAUGGAAGCCGCGGCAUUGAUCUCCAAAAAGAAGAAACAAGGUGAAACGGAAAAUUUGGUCGACAACAAUGCGGAUGAUGAUGCUGCCGACGUCAAACAGAAGGACCGAAAAUUUAUCGAGGAAGUCAGAAUGCUUUUUAUGAUGGAGCGGUGAACACCAAUCCAUCUAUGUAAUGAAUCGACACUUAUUAGUUGUCCAGUAAUAAGUGACAAACAAAAUCACACGCAACAAUUUCAUUAAUUACAAUCAUUCAUUUACAUCUAUGUAUUAUUUUGACGAAGGCCCGUUUUAUUCUGCCACGGCCGUCUCAACAGUGUCGUCAUCUUUUACAUGGCACGUUUGUGUGUUGGCGCUUGUUGUUGUUGUUGUCACGUAAGGGUGGCUGUACAUCCAUUCGGUCCGCAUUGUUUCGUCGUCGUGGUCGACACGUGUGCUACCCGUUGCCAAAUGCUCGGGAUCCUCUCGUUUUAAUUGCUGGCCGUCGACAAGGGGAGACCGGGACAAUUGGAAUUUGCUGCUGCACUUUGGUUUGCUCACGUACGGGUGUUGGUACAUCCAGUGUUCCUUGAAUUGCUUCGUGCCAGAAUCGUCCUCAGAGCCAGUCUUCUUAUUGUCGUCCUUGCCUAUUGGAUCUUCCUCCUCCUCCUUUUUUACCGAUGAUUGGCUGUUGCCCAUUGUUUUGUUGGUAUGUUUCGUCGUCUUGAGG